UCUACCACCACGUCUUUGGUUUCAUCAAUUUUGGAUUUGCACAUACCAGUAUACCUCCAGUACUGGACUAAGAAACAAUUCACUAGUAACUUAUUGGCAAGUAUCUUUCGAGGUUACAGCGAGACAGCUGUCGGUACAGUACCAUUAAUUUUCAGACAUGCCUGGGUAGUGAAAAGCUCUUUGGCUCGGGAAUCUUUUGGCUGUCGAUGCCAGAGAAUGCAAUCAGCGAGGACACGAGGACCCCACUAUUAUCACCAAGAGCAGAAGCUAAUACCUCUCCUGUUUUAUCCACUUCUUCUUUGCUUUGUUUGACUUGACCAUGAUCGGACGCGUUGCUUUGGCUUUCGCCUUCUUGGCAGGACUCGCUCAGGGUCAGCAACCCGGCGAUGCUGGAGUUGAAGUCGGAUCUGAAAUCUGCACCUACGGAUACAUUAUGGAUCAGUUUUGCCUUGAUCAAGACUUCUUUAUCGACGCCCCAGACCUCAAGCCAUUGGUCGUCCCUUUCAAUCAUUCCCUCCAUUGCUUGUUGGAUGUCCCACAGUGCAUUGAAACCCCCUUCCAUAUUCUUCAGGAUCCCGCCUCUGAAGGUGCCAAUUAUACCGAUGGCUGGGUGGCCGAAGCCAACGAUUUGUUGCUUCAAGAAGGACGGACACUGGGAUCUGCGACUGUUGGUUGCACAACCUGUACUUCCACUGACGGCGAUUUGAAGCAAGGAUUUCGCGCCACUGUACGUGGAACCGUCAAGAGUUUGGAUCCCCCUAUUUUGACUGUCACGUCGGUGGAUGAUUUGGACGCUGGUGAAAUGGGAUGCAUGCCGGAUGGUCCUGAAGCGGCUGACCCGGCAGCUUCUUCUGCUCCUGGAACCACUGAUGCUCCGGCAGCUACUACUGAUGCUCCGGCAGCUACCGCUGCUCCAAGUGCUGCAGUCUCCCGUAGUGGUGGUGUGGUUGCCAGUGUGGCCCUCUUGGUCUUUGGAAUUAUGGUUUAAUUUACAAAAGGGAGUUGAGGAGACAGCAUCUGGGCGUAUGAACAUGUGAAAUGGUUUGCAGUGGUGAUCGAAUGAAAAUAAUAAUUAGCUGUCUGUUUGUUAUAACCCCCCGCAGAGGUUCUCGGAGCUCCCACGCGUGGCUUCUGCAUUUUGGACGUCUCUCAUACAAUCUUGGCUACCCA